AUGGUAGGCAGACUUCGGAAUAAUAAUUUAUGGGUUUUAAUGAGAAUUAUAGUGGUUUUUUUAGCUUUCAUUUCGAAAUUUGUUGAUUGUUCUAGUGUUGAAGGUAGGAAAGAGAUUAUUUUGUCCAAGGAAGAAGAUUUAGCGCUUGAAACACGUCUUAAGACCUUGAACAAACCACCCAUCAUAAGUUUUCAGAAAGACGAUGGAAGCAUUAUCGACUGCAUUGAUAUAUACAAACAACCCGCAUUUGAUCAUCCAAAGCUCAAAAAUCACAGGCUUCAGAUGAAACCUAGUUCAUUACUGCUGGAAAAGCUAGGAAUGUCACUUGAUCAAGAACAUAAAUUACCGUCGAAAGUCCUUCAAUGUCCUUCAGGAACGGUACCUAUUCGAAGAACACGAAAGGAGGAUUUGGUCACGGCAAAUGCGGUUUUAAGCCAUUAUCGUACAAUGACCGGAGGACCACCAUUUACUCCUUCACAAGGAAAUCAUUAUGCAGGAGCAGGGACUCCAAAUCAAACGUCGGAAAAAUACCUAGGAGCAAGGGCUGCAAUAGCUCUUUAUAAUUUGACAAUCGCGAUUCCUGCUCAAACCAGUGCAUCUUCCUUGCGAAUUGGUAGUGGUGUUGACGGUCCAUUCAACAGUAUCGAGUAUGGAUACACUGUAAGUCAUCAUUUCACUCCUACAAUAGAGUAUUACUCCAAGUUCAACCAACAAUUAUAUGGAGAUAGAAAAGCGCGAACUUUUAAUUUGUGGACGGCUGAUGGGUUCAGUAAGACAGGAUGCUUUAACAUGCUUUGCCCCGGAUUUGUUCAAGUAAACCAACUCCGUCAUAUGGGAGAUGAACUUACCUAUUUUUCGGAGUAUGAUAAAAACAAGACAUUUAUGUUGUUAGGAAUUAUCAAGGACCCAAAAACACAAAAUUGGUGGAUAGUAGAGAGCCUUCCACAAGCAACAAAUCAAUAUAUAGGAUAUUGGCCAAAGGAGUUGUUGCCAGAAAUGAGUGAAUUUGCAACAAAUGUUCAAGUUGGUGGGAAGGUGUAUAAUCCUUCAAUUGAGCCUUCAAAAACUCCCAUGGGUUCAGGCCAUUUCGUGGCGGACGACUUACUCAAAACAUGCGAAGCUAUAGUCCAUGUUGUUAAUUCAACCUAUGGUCUCAUCCCUGAUGAAUCUCUUAAAAUGGAUGUUUUCGCGAAUGCACCUGAUCUUUACAAUGCUCAAUUUUUAGAUGGUGCCGAAGUUCUCUUUGGAGGACCUGAUUUUACGAUAUAA